GCCACACGUCUUCUCCCGUAAGUCUUCGAGGGUUUAGGGUCUCGUGGAAGGGAACACCGACACGAACAGUGAGCAGUGACACCUCGAAACAUGGAAGAGAUUGGAUCGAGUGAAUCCCGGAUCAUGCUGGUGGAAAGGCUGAAGCAUUUGCAAGCAGGCCAAGAAAGGCUUGUAAAGCGACAGAAACACUUCAGCCGCCUCCUUGCUCGAUUCUUUCAUCAGUCUCGUUCCAUGGUGGGGAUGUCGGAGGGCGAGGAAGAAAAGGAGAACAAGGAAGCGGAACAGGAAUACGAAAACCUUCUGAAAAUGUUCUGCGAGGCCGAAGGGAAUCUGACCGACCUCAAGAGAGCCUUCCAAGACGAGAAUUCCAGACUUCAGGGGGAGCUGACAGAGCUGGAAAGCAACGUGAAGAAGGAGCUGGAUGCCUUUCGGAAAGCUGGAAAAUGGGUGUGGAAAAAGUGCCGGCAUAGCAUUGCGAAGACCAAGGCACCCCCAGAGGUAUUGGAAGAGUUCUUCAAAGACUACGAAGCAAGCAUCAAUCGGUUGAAGGGGCUCCGUGCGAAAAACCAAGCCCUGCAAAAGGAAUUGGGAGCUCUGACAAUGACCCUAGAUGAAGUGUGCAAGAUCACCGGAGGCCACCGAGUGGCGGAAUACGAAGAAGGCCACGUCAGAGUCCAAGAAUUGACGGAGAAGAUCGAGAGAAAACAAGAGGAAUUGCAGAGACUGGAAACUCAGAUCGUACAAACUCUGUCGACGCGAGAUCACUUGAGAGAGAAGCUGCUCUUCCUCCGGAACCAGAACCGGGACCUGAAGGAGGAGGUGAAGAACCUGGAAGCUCAGGUGUCUCAGGCGAAGCAGAGGAAGCGAGAGAGGCAGAAGCUCUGGAUUCAGGCGAGAGACAGGACCCAGAGCGUCGAGAAGACCCAACCCGUGAGAGUGGACGCUGCUUCCAUGCCGGCGCUCGUCAGAGACUUCUACAGAAAGAAGACAGACGUGGAUUCCUUGAAGAUUUCCCUCGAACAUCUCCAACGAGAAGUGAGCACGGUUCUACGACCAGAUGAUGUAACGACGCCCCCAUUCCAGAUCUCUGUGAGUGGAAUAGCAGCAUUGAAAUGUAAUGAAAAGCUUGAGUUAAGUGUUACCAGUGAUGUUGACAUGACCUGUGAUCUUUCCCAAUUUGGUUGGGAAUCUGAUUCUGAAAGCUACUCAUUAUCAGCAUUGGAAGAUAGUGCAGAUGUCUUCCUAGAAAGCCAAAGGCAAGUCCCAUCCCGUGUUCUCCGGAACAAUGACAUUAUUGUGAUCAUUCCUGAGCCAAAUGAUUCUGGCUUUGAGUACUGUGAUUUUGGAGUAAAGACAUUGGAUGACCCUCACUAUCGUCCUAAAGAGACCUUAUGGUCUCAUGUUGUUAGUGACAUUGUAUCAGUGGAACCCCAUGGGUUUCGGUUCUCUGACUCACAUCCAGCAUCAAUCUUCAUUCCUUUAAAAAUGGAAGUAGGCGAGCAUCAAGCAAUUCAGUGUCUUCUCAGUAAUACAUGUGAAGAGGAGAAGCCUUGUUGGGAGAAAGUUCCUGCUGGGAGUUAUGCUUACAGUGCUGGCCGGGUGAUCAUCACAGUAAAUCAUUUCAGUCUCUUCACUGUCAUCAUACAAGAGCCCUACCCAGAAACCAGAAGAAGAAUCAGCGGAAGGCUGGGAGGUUCCAUUAAUGUUAGUGCUGUUCCAGGAGUGAAAGUAAUUUUUCCCAAAGGAUCACUGAAUGAAGACAUUGAUGCAUUCGUUCGAGUGCUAUAUGAUGAUGAAUUCAGCAAUCAGGAAUGUGAUGAAUGGGCAUUGGCUUCUCCAGUCAUCAUGCUAGGACCUCAUGGGUAUGAUUUCAAUGAAGAUUCUGAUCCAGUUGUGGUCCAGCUACCAAUUCCACAUUACAUGGAGAUCAAGAGCAAAUUUCCACUUUCAAGAGAAUUGCAGAUAUAUCAAAGCUCAACAACUGAAGAUGAACCUUUGCAUUGGGAAAAAAUCAGUGUGCAAUCCACUGUUACUGAAAGUAUUGAUGGAAUCUAUGUUGUAUGCUUCCCAGUCCAUCACUUCAGCUUCUUCAAAGUUGUCUGGGAUCUGUUGUCAGCAUCUUUGUAUGAGGCAAAGUUGGGCAUGGCUUAUUUUUAUCCCUACAUCUCAUUCUCUAUGAUGUGCCAGGCAUGGAUGGAAGAAAACACUCAGACUAAUAGAUUUGGAUUGGAGGUGGUCUGCUGCAGAAGUGACCGCCAACUUCCUGAAAUGACCAAUUACAAAUACAAAGUUGGAGCCAGCCUGAAGCCAAAACUGGUUAGACCAGGCCAUAUUCUUAUCCGUCUCAGGUCUCAGAUGUUUGAAGCAGAUGAAGAUGCUGGUGAAGAUCCUGAAAUGGUGAAGGAAGAGCCUGACUUCAGGGGAAGAGAUUUUGAGAAACAGUAUGCUUGCAGGUUCAAGCCAAAUGUGAAGGUGGAAAGAGGUACUUUUGGGAAGGUAGUUGUUGAGAGAAACCAGAGUGGAACCAAAACUGAGCUGCUAUUUGAAUUUAACCUGCAUAAGAGUGGUGAUGAAGGAGAACCAAAUCCUCCAGAAAACACACAUCACUGGUCAGCAGUUGCAAUGAAAGAACUGGCUGUAAAUCUGUGUAUCAUGGAUGAUAACAAUUGGAAAAAAUUUGCCAAAUACAUUGGUUUUACCAAGAAUGAAAUUGCCACCAAGCUUCAGUAUGCAGCAGACCCAUUGCUAGCCACAAUGAAUCUCUACCAAGCAAGAGGUGGGACACCAGAAGAGUUUUGCCAGGCUCUUCGUACAGUGAGUCGGCAGUUGCAACUUGGCUUGGGGAAGUCCUCGGGCAGCAGCAGCCAGGAAUCCAGCUCAAGUCAAGGAUCACAUCUAAGCAAUGGCUGGUUUGGCUUCAGGAGCCCUCUGAAAUGGAGAAAUCGGGACACUCAAUCUGAUUCUGGGACUGGUACUGUGUCUCAGAAAUCAGCUGCCAGCAGGAAGAGGUCAAAUCAUAGCAAAGGAAGUGGGAGCUCAGCUGCCAAGAGGAGGAAGCAAGAUUCUGACAGUGAUGAGGCUCUUCCACAGUCCUCUUCCUCAUCUGACACUGAAGAUGAGGGUUCUGUCAGCACUGAGCAUUACAGGAGAAAUCCCAUCAAGCUGUCUGAUGCUGACCUUUGGGAUAUCUCAGCCCACAUGAAUAGCAUCAAUUGGCGAGCUCUUGGGCGCACCCUAGGGCUGGAAGAAAGUGUUCUUCUCAACAUAGAGCAUGCCCACAAGGCAGCUGGCUUCAGGGAGUGCUCAUACCAAAUGUUGUUAGAAUGGAAGGGCAGAAAACCUAAGAAAUGUACUUUUGGGAAUUUGUACACUGCCUUGACCAAGGAGAACAUGAACUCAGUGGCUAAGCAGAUGACAACUAUGAAUAUGACAGAGUCUCCUGUCUGAUGAAGAAGGAUCAGUAAGGAUGAAAUGGAUUAUAUUCAAGGUUUUCCAUGUCUGAGUGUCUUUCAUCCCAUCUUACCAAGAUGGCCGACCACUCGCAGCCAGUAGUUACAGCAGUUGCCGAGAGAAAAAGUAAAUAAUUUCUUCAAAACUGUGUCCAUAUUUAAGCCACAAUUUAACCCCUUUAGCAGUGAUAUAUUUUUGAACAAAUCUGCAUACCUUAGGUUUUGCAAAAUUACCUCAUGCACAAAACUUUGCAGGCAGUCUGAAGAACAGUCUGAUCUCUAUUGAUGAAAGGCUAAAAUGACGUGCAAAUGAUGUGACUGAUAGCAUACUCAUUGUUUCAAAUGUUUAUUUUUAUACUACUUUGAGAAUUUGCACCAAAUAUUGGAAAAAGAUGUGAACAUGAGCAUUUGAGCAUUCCACUGUUUAAGGAACUGACUUGUGAUCAAAUGUUGAUUUAGCAAAAGUUAGCAAUGUAUUGUGAUUCAAGAUGUGCUCCUAUUACAUCUAUUGAUGAUAGCUUCACAAGGGGAUGACUUAUUAUGGAAUACAAGAGAUUAGGAGCAGACCUAGACACAUCAGUUUCUCUGAAUGGUAUAUCUGUAGGCCAAUAGUACACAAUAAAUAUGUGAUCUCAGUUAAAACCAAUGUGAAAAACUGCUCAGUUAGUCUGACUAUAUGCUUUUCAUGCUCAAUAUACCCGGUGCCAUCAGUUUCUCAUCUCCUGAGAUGGUCAUCUCCUGGGCAUUCUUGAACUAGUUUUAUUUUGUGCUGGUUUCAUCAUGGGCUUUCCUGAAAACCCCAGUUAUUUUUUGUAUUGCCAUUUUUAUAUUAAAGUUUUCACUUUUUCA